AUGACUGCGGAGAGCGGGCCGCCGCCGCCCCCGCCGCAGCCCGAGAUGCUGGCGGCCGUGAAGGAGGAGAGCGGCGAGGCCGCGGCGACUGGGACCGGGGUCCCGGCGGAGAGCUCGGGCCGCGGCUCCGGCGGGCGACGCCGCAAGCGCCCCCUGCAGCGCGGGAAGCCGCCCUACAGCUACAUCGCGCUCAUCGCCAUGGCCAUCGCGCACGCGCCCGAGCGCCGCCUCACGCUGGGCGGCAUCUACAAGUUCAUCACCGAGCGCUUCCCCUUCUACCGCGACAACCCCAAAAAGUGGCAGAACAGCAUCCGCCACAACCUCACGCUCAACGACUGCUUCCUCAAGAUCCCGCGCGAGGCCGGCCGCCCGGGCAAGGGCAACUACUGGGCGCUCGACCCCAACGCUGAGGACAUGUUCGAGAGCGGCAGCUUCCUGCGCCGCCGCAAGCGCUUUAAGCGCUCGGACCUCUCCACGUACCCGGCCUACAUGCACGACGCGGCGGCCGCCGCAGCCGCAGCCGCCGCCGCCGCCGCUGCCGCCAUCUUCCCGGGCGCCGUCUCCGCCGCCCGACCGCCCUACCCGGGCGCCGUCUACGCGGGCUACGCGCCGCCGUCGCUCGCCGCGCCGCCACCGGUCUACUACCCUGCCGCGUCGCCGGGCCCCUGCCGCGUCUUCGGCCUGGUUCCUGAGCGGCCGCUCAGCCCGGAGCUGGGCCCCGCGCCGUCGGGGCCAGGCGGCUCCUGCGCCUUUGCCUCCGUCGGCGCCCCAGCCACUACCACCGGCUACCAGCCCGCCGGCUGUACGGGGGCCCGGCCAGCCAAUCCCUCGGCCUAUGCGGCCGCCUACGCGAGCACCGACAGCGCAUACCCUCAGGGGGCCGGCAGCGCGCUCUUUGCAGCUGCUGGCCGCCUGACCGGACCCGCUUCGCCCUCCACGGGUGGCAGCAGUGGCAGCGUUGAGACCGCUGUAGACUUCUACGGGCGCACAUCGCCCGGCCAGUUCGGAGCGCUGGGGCCCUGCUACAAUCCUGGCGGGCAGCUAGGAGGGGGCAGUGGAGGCACCUACCAUGCUCGCCAUGCCGCCGCCUAUCCUGGCGGGAUGGAUCGGUUCGUGUCAGCCAUGUGAGCCGAGCGCAGGGACGAAAACUCAUAGAUACCUCCGCUGUCAGUGCGAACUAAGUUUUCCUGCAACCGGGGAACAGGACUGGAGAGAGGACCCAAUUGGGAC